GGGUUCCCGGCGCUGCGGGUCCCCGCGCCCCUAGCCCGGCCCGAGCCGCGGGAUGCCCGCGCGCGGCGCGGCCCAGCUUUCCCGCAGAAUGGGGCAAAAGAAGCAGCGGCUGUUGGAGGCAGAACAGCAUCCGAGUCCACCAGACAGAGCCCAGACGCUUUCCCCUCUGGAGCCCUGCUUGCAGCCGCCUGCAACCCUGAGCCCCCAGCGCAGCAUCUACUUCUCAAGCCCAAAAAGCCACUCUGCACAGCUGGGAUCUGAGUUUUUCGACCAGCCCGCUGUCCCCCUGGCGCGGGCAUUUCUGGGACAGGUCCUGGUUCGACGACUUGAGGACGGCACAGAGCUCCGCGGCCGCAUUGUGGAGACGGAGGCAUACGUGGGGCCAGAGGAUGAAGCUGCCCACUCUAGGGGUGGCCGGCUGACCCCCCGCAACCGUGGCAUGUUCAUGAAGCCAGGAACACUGUAUGUGUACAUCAUCUAUGGCAUGUACUUCUGCAUGAACGUCUCCAGCCGAGGGGAUGGGGCGUGUGUCCUACUGCGAGCACUGGAGCCCCUGGGGGGCCUGGAAACCAUGCGGCAGCUUCGUAGCACCCUCCGCAGGGGCGCCACGGGCCGAGCCCUCAAAGACCGCGAGCUGUGCAGCGGCCCCUCCAAGCUGUGCCAGGCCCUGGCCAUCGACAAGAGCUUCGACCAGCGGGACCUGGCCACGGACAAAGCUGUGUGGUUGGAGCGCAGCCCCCCGGGGUCCGGUGAGCCACCCGUGGUGGCGGCAGCCCGAGUGGGCAUUGGCCAUGCGGGAGAGUGGGCCCAGAAGCCCCUGCGCUUUUAUGUCCGGGGCAGCCCCUGGGUCAGCGUGGUAGACAGAGCAGCUGAGCAGAACGCACGGGCCUGAGCAAGGGUCCGCUCCAACAAGGCUUUUUAAUU